AUGAGUUCCGUCGAUAACGUGGAUGUCACUCUAUACAAUUUGAUCAGAAUAGCAUGGGACUUGUACCAUAACUGCAAUCUUGUUCGUGGCGAGGCUCCUGACGGCUUCAAACAGCUUGUGGCCGGAUUAAUCUCUCUCCAUAACACUCUACGUGCUUUGAAAAAUAGCGUAGACAGUGUGAGAGGCGAUCACGGAGUUGACCUGCAGCCAUCCCUUCAUGCCUGCUUAGAGACCCUGCAUGCACUUCAUAAACUAGUGGCUAGGUACAGGGCCAUUGGCGCCAGCAGCGAGAAGGAGUUUUGGGAGAAGAUGGACUGGCCGACCCAACAAGGACAAGUGUUGCAUUCUCGGACUCCAGCCUUCGUGGGAAAAGGCACACCAGAUACAGAUAUGUCACCUCACUCCCGGACGCGAUGGGAACAGAUUCGUCGAUCGCUGUGUUAUGAGCCUCGAGAUAGGUUCCACCAACCAGGCGCUGAGCUCAUUCUCAAAUUCGAUGCGUCCGUGGUCAAAGGGCAGGAAGUGCGGAACCUCACCACGAGUGGUUGGUUACAUAUUGCUGUGUGGUGGCUGCUGAAGGCCCGUGCAGUCCUUGCCAACGCGGACAAGCCAGGCCCGUUGGAUAACCGUGGAAGCAUCAGCCCAUCAACCUUAUCGUGGUCUUCCAGCCACCAAGCAUAUGUUGACCUGCUCAAGGCCUCAUAUAUCCUAUAUGACGUUGUGCUUAGAACUGGCAAUCCGGAGGAAUUGUUCCUAAAUGAGAAUCGAAAAAUGGUCUCCGAUUUGUCGGAUGGUAUCAGGGAAGACUUCUCCCAGUUCAGCUCCGUCGAUGUUCCAGAAUAUGCUGCCAUUCAUUCACACAAUCAGGAAAUUUUGGAAACAAUACAACCCGAGGAAAGUACUGGUAAUAUCAAUCCACGUUUGGGUCUGGGCGAUGUCCGUUAUACUACAGUCGAGAUCGAAGACGCAGGCAAUGAGGACGAACAAGUCUUCUUCCGCACGUUCGUCAACGCCGGGAUAGGUAGCAAGAAGCUUCGCAUGAGAACAAAAGGCGCCCCGUACAUGCUUCUGCUGUCUACCAGAGAGGGAGACAGUGAGCCAAAAAUUACCAUAUGUAAUCAGAUGGGCACUUUUUGUCUCCAGCGAGACUUCACUCCAGCAGAUUUAGCCCAGUUCGUCCAAGUCUCAGAAGCCUCUUUUAACGUUCUCUCGGUUUCCAAGUCUACAGAGCUGGUGACGUUAAUGUUUGGAACGAUUAGCGUUUCUAUCUCGUUCCAGUAUCUGUCCGAUUUGGUACAGUUCAUCAGCGUUCCGAAAGCCUACUUCGAUGCGGUGUGGCCCCGAGAGCCAGUAAGCUCGGAUGAAAUUACCGAGACUGUGAUCUAUAGAGGCCCUGUUGAGGUACUGGAGCAGCUCAAAGCACCCAGCAUGGUAGCCAUGAGUCCGGCUCUUGUUCACCGAUCCUGUGAAGUGCGCAUUCUAGAGCGAUCAUUUGGCGAAGCAUGGCGCUCUAUUCGGAGAAUGGUCAUCAGUUCUUCUGUGGCUGACAAAGAUCCCAUGUGUAUUGAUUGGUUCAUGCCUUUGAGCAGUGUACAAAUUAACCGCAAAAAAGGAUCGAGGCAGGCGCUGCUAAAGUGGUCAGAUACUGGGCAAGAACGGUCGGAUAGGACUGAUGGGAACUACAACCCCCUGUACUCCAAUGUCUAUGAUGAGAAGAAUCCCAACAUCGGGAUCAGUAUAGAAUGGUCGACAGAGCAGGCAGCUGAGGAGUUUGAGCAGGCUAUAAUGAGUCUGAACGCGAAACCGAUAUUCUCCUGGUCUCAGACCCAAAGCUCGGGUCACAUCUACGACGCAGUGGACGACACUCCGGAUCACAAGAUAUACAAAACUAUCAUGGUGUGUCAAACACACGCGGGCUGGAAGUCCAGUGGUGUGUAUUAUGUCUACAGAGACAUCGACUACAGCUAUGAGCAUGGCAGCCGCAGUGUUCGAUUUCCGCAUAUAUUCCACACCCACUACAUAUCGUCACAUGUGGAUCAAUUGUACCGUGCUGACUCUCAGGUUCGAUUUUCCCACAGCGAGAAAGUGACGAGAAGCGUUACGAUAAGCUUCGACGAAGUCCUAACCUUGCAGGGGUUCAUGAGCUCACUGGCAUCCUCCCACGAACUGGUGUUCUCCAGACGUGCCACAUCUCUGACGACUAAGUCUAAGCUCUUCUUCGGCCAUAAGAAGUCAUCUAAAGGAGACUCGGAGGUACAGCUGUGGCGGGAUGGGGAGAAUCUUCGUCUUGCUGCACGAUGGAAGAGUGAUCAAAUCGUGGACAAGUGGUUAACAAUGGGAAUGCCAGCUCGGGAGCCGACGCGGGACCACCACGACCGAAUAAAUUUUCCCACGCAGGAGUUUUCACGAGGAAUGGUCCUCAAUAUGGCUAAGAUAGCCGCUGGAAAAGCGAAAGACCCGAGUAAGGAACGAUCGCGAGGCCCUGUGACGAUCAAUUUUUCGUCAACAAAAGGUGGGCUCCCCUAUGGGCAUGAUGAGGCAUACAGUAUAUAUCCUGAAUACUCUCGGCUUCGAAGCUAA